AUGUCUGUGAGUGAAAAAGUGUCAUUAUCUGAUGCGCUGAGUAAUGUGGAUGUGCUGGAUGAGCUUACUUUGCCUGAUGAACAGCCAUGCAUUGAAGCGGCACCCUGCUCCAUCCUCUACCAGGCUAACUUCGACACCAACUUCGAGGACCGCAAUGGCUUCGUCACUGGUAUCGCUAAAUACAUUGAGGAGGCCACCGUACAUGCUAACUUGAACGAGCUCCUAGAAGAAGGCAACGACCACGCAGUGAUGCUGUACACGUGGCGUUGCUGCAGCCGUGCCAUCCCUCAGCCGCGCUCCAACGAACAGCCGGACAGAGUACAUAUAUAUGAGAGGACCGUGCAAGUACUGGCGCCGGAAGUUGAUAAGCUACUGCAGUUCAUGUAUUUUCAGCGCAAAGCAAUAGAGCGCUUCUGUGGCGAGGUCAGAAGACUAUGUCACGCGGAGAAGCGAAGGGAUUUCGUGUCAGAAGCAUAUCUACUCACACUGGGGAAGUUUGUCAACAUGUUCGCUGUAUUGGACGAGCUGAAGAACAUGAAGAGCUCCGUCAAGAACGAUUAUUCAACUUAUAGAAGAGCUGCACAGUUCCUGAAGGUGAUGUCAGACAGUCAGAGCCUGCAGGAGUCGCAGAACCUUUCCAUGUUCCUCGCCACCCAGAACAAAAUCAGGGACACUGUUAAAGAUGCCUUGGAGAAGAUUAACGGGUAUGAAGAGCUACUAGCAGAUGUAGUGAACAUCUGCGUUCAUAUGUUCGAGACAAAAAUGUACCUGACGCCGUCUGAAAAACAUAUGCUUGUCAAGGUAAUGGGUUUUGGUCUCUUCCUGAUGGACUCCGAGGUCUGCAACAUCAACCGCUUGGAUCAGAAAAAGAAGAUUCGUCUCGACCGCAUCGAUAGGAUCUUUAAGAACUUAGAAGUGGUGCCUCUAUUCGGUGACAUGCAGAUCGCCCCGUUCAACUACAUCAAGCGGUCUAAACACUACGAUAGUAGCAAAUGGCCCCUAUCAUCGAGCCCCAACCCUCCGUCUCCACAAGCGGAUCUGAUGGUCCACCUGCCCCAGAUCCGAGAGGAACAUCAGAACUACAUCUCCGAACUAGCCCGAUAUAGCAACGAGGUGACGACGACGUUCAAGGAGGCGGGGUCAGACGCGGAGAACAAGGCGGUGACGGAGCUGUGCCUGCGCGGGCUGCAGCUGCUGUCGUCGUGGUGCUCCGUGCUGACGGAGCUGUGCUCCUGGAAGCUCCUGCACCCCACCGACCACGCCAGCAACCCGCGCUGUCCGCCCGAUGCAGAGGAAUAUGAGAGGGCAACCCGCUACAAUUACACGUCAGAAGAAAAAUUCGCAAUGAUAGAGGUGAUAGCUAUGAUCAAAGGUCUACAAGUACUGAUGGCGCGCAUGGAGACAGUCUUCGCGGACGCGGCGCGACGCUCCAUAUACGCCGAGUUGCAGGACUUCGUUCAGCUCAAACUACGCGAGCCACUACGAAAGGCUAUCAAGAACAAGAAGGACUUGAUUCGCAGUAUAAUAGUGUCAGUGCGCGAGACGUGCGGCGACUGGGCGCGCGGCUGCGAGCCCCAGCAGGACCCCGCGCUGCGAGGGAAGAAGGACGCAGAGGCUAGCUUCACCAUCAAAGUGCCGCGCCGGAAUGUUGGUCCCUCGUCUACCCAACUAUACAUGGUGCGCACCCAACUGGAAGCCCUAAUUUCUGACAAGUCUGGCGGAAGACGUACUUUGCGCAAAGACCUGGAUGCUGGAACCCUGACGCAGAUCGAAACCUUCCAUCGACUUAGUUUCUAUUGGGGAUAUCUGCUGAAUUUAUCUGAUUCUCUACAAAAGUGUUGCGAUCUUUCCCAGCUGUGGUACCGAGAGUUCUAUCUUGAGAUGACAAUGGGACGCAAAGUGAACAAAUGCACAGUCCAUCACCAGCACAACGAGGAGUGUAACGAUUUGAUCACGAUGGAGAAACGGAUCCAGUUCCCUAUCGAGAUGUCGAUGCCCUGGAUACUGACCGACCAUAUACUCAGGACUAAGGAACCGGCUAUGAUGGAGUACGUGCUCUACCCACUAGAUUUAUACAACGACUCAGCUCAAUACGCGCUGACAGUAUUCCGGAAACAGUUUCUCUAUGACGAAGUCGAAGCGGAAGUCAAUCUAUGCUUCGAUCAGUUCGUCUAUAAACUGUCGGAGCAAGUCUAUGCUCAUUACAAACAGCUGGCUAGCAGCAUGCUCCUGGACAAGCGUUAUAGAGCAGAAUGCGCAGCCCGGGGCGCCAGUACGGGGGCGGCGCCCGGGCGCUACGCCUCGCUACUGCGCCAGCGACACGUCGCGCUGCUGGGCAGGCACGUCGACCUCUGUGCACUCGUGGCUCAGCGCAUCAAUGCAGAUAUGCAUCGGGCUUUAGACGCAGCGGUAGCCAAGUUCGAAGCCGGAGACAUUACUGGCGUAGUGGAGCUAGAAGGCCUCAUAUCAGUGAAUCGUCUAUGCCAUAAGCUCCUAAGUCGGUACCUAACCCUGGACGAUUUCGACGCCAUCCUCCGAGAGAGUGACCAUGGCGUACUGGCGCCCUACGGACGGAUCACGUUGCACGUCUUCUGGGAACUCAACUUCGAUUUCCUCCCGAAUUAUUGUUACAAUGCUGCUACGGACCGCUUCGUAAAAUGUCGCGGCAUUCAGUUCGCCGCGGGAGUGACGCGAGAGAAGCCCCAGCAGUACGGACAUGCUCUACUCUGGGGAUCCAAGCAGCUUAGUCUGGCUUAUUCCGCGCAGUAUGCUCAAUAUGUCGGCUUCGUAGGCGCCCAGCACCUGCACGCGCUGGUCCGCCUGCUGGGCUACCAGGGCGUGGCGGUGGUGGUGUCGGAGCUCCUGGACGUGGCCCGCGGCCUGCUGCACGGGACCAUCGCCCAGUUCACGCGGGCACUCGCCGCCGCCAUGCCCAGGCAUUGCAAACUGCCCCGGUAUGAUUACGGCUCCAAUGGUGUCCUAGGCUACUACCACGCCCAGUUGACAGACAUCGUGCAGUACCCAGACGCCAGAACUGAGCUGUUCCAUGCGUUCAGGGAACUUGGGAACAUCAUACUGUUCUGUAUGCUUAUAGAACAAGCUCUCAGCCAAGAAGAAGUGACGGACUUGCUUCACGCGGCGCCAUUCCAGAAUAUUCUGCCGAGACCAUUCGCUGCAGAGGGUGAAAAGCCCGAAACGAAACAGAAACGUCUCGAAGCGAAAUACGCGGCGUUGCAAAUUGUGCAGAAUGUCGACAAAUAUGGCACCGCCAAGCAAGGCCAGUUGUCUCGCGAAGGCGACCUGUUGACCCGCGAGAGGCUGUGUUGCGGCCUGUCCCUAUUCUCCGUAGUCCUGCGGCGUCUACGGGCCUGUCUGUCGGGUCCGGGCUGGCCCGCGCCGCCCGCCCCGCACCACCACGCGCCCGCCCACACAGAUGACACCAACGAGUUCCACAGAUUAUGGUCAGCUCUGCAGUUCCUUUAUUGUAUUCCCGUUGGUGAUACGCAGUUCACCGUCGAGGAACUAUUCGGCGAAGGCCUCCAUUGGGCCGGGUGUACGAUUAUAGCGUUACUGGGUCAGCAAAGAAGGUUUGAAGCCUUGGAUUUCUGCUACCAUAUCCUAAGAGUGCAGCGAGUCGACGGCAAGGAUGAGUCUGUUAAAGGCAUUCCCCUAAAACGCAUGGUCGACCGCAUCCGACGUUUCCAAGUGCUGAACUCCCAAAUAUUCGGAGUACUAGCGCGCCAUCUAGCGGCCGACGAGGAGAGAGCAGGAGUCGAACAUGUACGAUGCUUCCCACCGCCUUCUGCACCUAUACAUCAAAUGAAUUAA